AGAUUUAUUUAUGAAUAGAUACUGCAAGGCCAAGAGGUGGGCGUUUAGCUCGAAGAGCUAGAUCUUUUAAGGAAGAUUUCUUCGGAAGAAUAACACAGAUGAGAAGCCCAUCAGGUACACGUUCUGGUUCUCCAAGUAAAACUCUUUAUUCUAAAUCAAGAAAUAAAGGUGCUACUAAUGAUUCAGAACAAGAAAAUGCUAACAGUGGACCUGGCAAAGAUGUCGACUGUAUUCUUCAUCACGUUCGGCAGCUAGCAAAUGCUUUAAGAUAUUUUCAAGAUGUAGUUGAGAAAAAUACAUUAGAAAUGUUACCCGGUUCUGCCAGUGUAGUUCUUGAAACAGUCCUUGCUAUCCAUUCUGUCCUUAGAAAAUGUUUAGUUAAUGAACAAAGUACCUUGCUACUUUCUGCAACAAACCAGGUAUAUCAAAGUCUUGCAAAUUUAAUACGAUGGUCAGAUAAUGUUUUGCUUUAUAACGAGAAAGCUCCAAAUAAAGAAACAGUGCAAGAUAUUGUUAGAAAUGUCCAAGAAGCAAUUAAGACAUUGGUGCAAUUAUGCAUUGAUAGGUUGCAGAAUAAAGAGUCAAAACCUACUCAAAAUACACAAAGUAUUCAAAAUGGAAUAUAUUCUACAAAAAAUGAAAACUCUCAUAGAAAUUCAUUACCAGAUAUUCCAUUAACACCUCGUGAAAGAGAAAUAUUAGAACAAACAAAUUUCUCAGGUAUUGGUAAAAAUUCUUAUCCUCAUACUCAGUUACAUCAUUCAACAUCAUCAGAUAGUAUAUUGAGUUCUGGAAAUAAAAAUUCAGUAAACUGUGAGCUUCCUCCACCUAAACCACCUUUACCCACUUUAAGAGAUAUUUCAUUCUCAUUAAGUGCUGAUUCUCCUAAUGCAAACAGAAGCAGUUCAGAAUCGGCACCACCUCUUCCACCAAAAAAACGAGGUGUUACUACUGUCCAAUAUACAAGUAAAACAGAGAAUCAAUCUCUCUUUUCUUUUGGAAAUAAUAAUUGUCCAAGCAUAAUUUCAGCAGUUACAACUAAUGGAAAAUUUCUUGGUUCCGAUCUUAAUCAUUCUUGUCUAGCUGACUGGACAAGUCCAUUAAGCCACUCGUCAGACAGCUCAACUCCUCUUAGCAAAUCAUUGACAAGUAGUCUAGAUUCAAAUCUAAAUCAUUCUGCAGAUGACAUACUUUCAGUGGGAAAAAUUCAAAAUGUCUUUCAUAAAUCACGAUCCCAAGUAGAUGCUUCAUCCUGUGAAUAUGAAUUUGUAACAUCAUCUCAAACUUACAGUUAUGAAUAUUCAUCGUUCAGCUCAAAAACAGCAUCUCAUAAUUAUACUAGUAAUGUGGAUUCUAUGUUACAAAAGUUAAAUCAUGUGAACACUAAUGUUGAGAAAAGUGUCAGCAGUAAUAAUUCUAGUUUAAAUUUUUCUAUCAAUAACAACAGUCAUUUAAUACCUCCAGCUCUGCCUGUUAAACAAAGGCCAACGAGACAUCGUACACUGUCUCAGUAUGAUAAUAUACCUCAUUUGGUACUUGAUGUUACUGAUUCAUGUGAUAAGAAUAAAUUAAAAUCAGAAUUUUCAUUGGAUGGCAUGCAUAGCCCUCAUUGUCCAAGAGCUCAUAGUCCACAGCCUCUUUUGCAUCAUCAAAAUUGGAUUGCAGGAAAUCACUCACCAUCAUGUCCCCAUCAUUCACUGACAACUGACUUUCAUUCCUGUGAAGAUGGAAAACCUCCUCCUUUGCCACCAAAGAAAAAGAAUAUUAUGGCAUACAUGCAAAUGUUUGGAAGCUAUUCUCAGCCAGCAGAAUCUGAAUUCUAUAGGCAUUCAUUACAUACCUAUCAAGUUGUACAGGCCCAGUGGCAACAAGUAGAGCUAUCUUUCAUGCAACAGCAUUCAUUUACAACUAGUAUAAUUUCAAGCUCUGAAGAUUCUGUAUUUUCUGAUGAUCCAAGCAGUAGAAGUAGUUUAGAUCGCAGCAUUGGAGAUGAUGAACACAUAUCUCCAGCUACAACACCUCCAGCUUUACCACCAAAGAAAAAUAGAACAAGUGCUGGCAUAGCUUUACCUGAAAAAUCACCAGAUUCUCCUGUUACUCCAACAGUGAGUUCUGGCUUUGGAAAUACACUCAGUCCUUCAGUAGAUGAAAGCCAACUUUCUUCUGAAGGAGAUUUGAGUAUUGGUUGGACCUCUCCAAAGAAUGACAAUCACAAAGAAGAAGAAGAAGAAACUGCUGAACAAAGCAUAUUAGAUGAAUUAGAUGUAACUGGUUUAGUAUUUAAAAAUCCUGGAGAUGAUGGACCUGAUAUCAGAGGAGGACACUUAGAUUCCUUAAUUAUUCAAGCUACUAAAGCUUCUAAAAAUGAUUUUAUUUAUCAAGAAGCUUUCCUCACUACUUACCGCACAUUUAUAACACCUUUAGAUCUUAUACAUAAAUUGCUGUACAGGUAUAAUAAAUUCAUUCAUAUGUCUGAUAUGAGGCAGCGUGCUGCUAGGAAUGCAUUUGCUCUCCUGGUUAGAGUGGUGGAUGAUUUAUGUGUUGGUGAUGCAGAUGAAGAAGUCCUUCAAGUGUUGAUGGACUUCAUAUUUCAGUUAGUGAGUCGAGGUGACUUAGUUCUAGCUCGUGCUCUGAGAAAGAAAGUUGUGGAGAAAUGUGAAGUUCGACAAAGAGCUAUGACAGCUUUACCAGUUCUCUUACCUUCAAUGGCUGUCACUACCCAUCAAGCAUCACUUCUAGAUUUCAAAUCUGAAACUCUAGCAGAACAAAUGACAUUACUAGAUGCAGAUCUUUUCCAAAAAAUUGAGAUACCUGAAGUUCUUCUUUGGGCAAAAGAGCAGAAAGAAGAAUUAAGUCCUAAUUUGACAACAUUUACAGAACAUUUCAAUAAAAUGUCUUAUUGGGCAAGAUCGAGAAUUCUUGAACCAGAAGAGGCUAAAGAGCGAGAACGUUAUGUUGUCAAAUUUAUUAAAAUAAUGAAAUAUUUACGUAAAUUAAAUAACUUCAAUUCAUAUCUUUCAAUUCUUUCGGCUCUUGAUUCUGCACCUAUACGUAGAUUGGAAUGGCAAAGAAAUAUCACAGAAGGUUUGAAAGAAUAUUGUGCACUGAUAGAUAGUUCUUCUUCAUUUCGUGCCUAUAGACAAGCAUUAGCUGACACAGAACCUCCUUGUAUUCCAUAUAUUGGUUUAAUUCUGCAAGAUCUUACAUUUGUUCAUAUUGGUAAUAACGACUUCCUUCCCGAUGGAUACAUUAAUUUUUCAAAACACUGGCAGCAAUUUAACAUUUUAGAGAACAUGAAAAGAUUUAAAAAUUGCCAAUAUCCAUUUAAAAGAAAUGAACAAAUAAUAGCUUUUUUUAAUAAUUUCGACAAUUAUCUGUGCGAGGAAUCAAUGUGGCAAAUUUCCGAAUCGAUUAAGCCAAGAGGAGGAAAGAAAAAAGAUGUUUGAUUUUUUUUAAUUUAUUACAAUUCGUUAAAACAAAACACGAAAAAAAAUUAUAUUGCUCAGUAAAACGUAAUCACGUGCCGAACCUCCGUAUUGUAAAUCGGUAGUGUUAUAACAUUUUUAAAGAAUCGUGUUAAUAAAAUUAUGUUAUGUAAAUA